AUGACGGAAAUAAUCGCCGUCCCCGGGAGUGACAUGAUGGUUCCAGAAGAAAAGUACAAAAUGAACCACAAGAGGCGAGGACUCGCUUUGAUCUUCAACUUCGAGCGGUUCGACAGUCUCCUGGACCUGCGUGACCGCCAGGGCACCUUUGCAGACCGGGAUAAUCUCUGUCGCAGGUUUCAGGAACUAGGUUUCGAGGUGAUUUGCUAUGACAACCUCAAAGCGAAUGAUGUACUACACAAGAUGCAUGAAGCGUCAAUCGACAGCCACGUCGACGCCGACUGCUUUCUCUGUGUUUUCCUGACCCAUGGCGAAGGCAAUUACCUUUAUGCCUACGAUGCUAUGGUGGAAAUUUCCAUGCUGACAGACUUCUUCAAAGGCGACAAGUGUAGGAGCCUGGUGGGCAAGCCCAAGAUCUUCAUCAUUCAGGCGUGUCGUGGUGACAAGCUCGACGAGCCUGCCCAGCCCAUGGAGGAGGUGGACGCGACCCGCCAGCUCGACAGCAACGAGACCCAGGUGGACUCGGCGUCUGUGUACACACUGCCUGCCGGGGCCGACUUCCUCAUGUGCUACUCGGUGGCCGAAGGGUAUUUCUCGCACCGGAAUACUCGGGACGGCUCGUGGUACAUCCAGGAUCUGUGUGAGGUGCUGGGGAGGUUUGGCACGACCCUGGAGAUCACGGAGCUGCUCACGCUGGUCAACCGGAUGAUGUGUCGGCGCCAAGUGGUCGACAGCAACGUCCAAGGAGCCAAGGGCAAGAAGCAGAUCCCCUGCUUCGCCUCCAUGCUCACCAAGAAGCUGCACUUCCUGCCCAAGCCCCAGUGA